GAGAAAGAGAGAGAAGAGAGAUUGUGAAAUCAUGAAAAUGGUUUGUUGUUGUCUGAAGGAAUAAACCUAUGCGACAAAAAAAAAUGUAUACAAUUCAACGGCGAUCUUCUUUUGCGUCGUCCCGGGGUAGCAGUUGGGGCUAAGGAAGGCUAAGCUGAUUGCUGCUGGCUGGUGACUUCCCUUAAAAGCUGGUGUUGGACUGGAGCAGCCAGCUAGGGCCAUGAGCCAGAAGUCCCUCUUCCCUCUGAGGACCAGAGCCAACAUGGAGGUUUAGACCAGACAGACGCUGAGCAAGUGUUCAGUGCUGUGGGUCCUCUGCCUGGGAAUGGAGUGGUGUCAGCUGCAGACUGGAUGACGGGGUCUUCAGCCCACCGUUAAUCCGUUACGGUAACACUGACGGCGAGAGACAUCCUCACCCCCCGGCGACCACAACAGAAUCGACCUCUUUUUCCUCAUCCGACUCUAUCUGGACUCUCUCCUGGUCCCCUCUACUGCCCCCUCCUUCCCUUCCCUCUCCUCUCCUCCUCUUUCCCUCACCUUCCCUCCUCCCCUCCUCUUCCCUACUCUCAAUCUCUUCCUUCUCUCUUAGCUUGUUGUCCAUGUGCCAGCACCUCUCUCCUGCUCCUGUCUGAACCCUGAACAUUGGCCUCUGACCCUUGAUCCCUCUGGAGGUCAGGAUGAGCUGGCUGAGCCGGCUGACCCCCCGGGGUCCGGGGGGCAGGUCCAGUAGGAACGUAGCCUCUUCCAGUCCCUGUACUGCUGACCCAGAGACCUGCCUCAUGGUGUUCGAGAACCACUGGAGACAGUUGUCCUGGGUCCUGGAACAGCAGGAGCCGUCGGGAUGUAGCGAUGACCUCACCGCGGUGCGGAACCACACCGAUCAGAUGCUGUGCCUCCUGGCUGAAGAGCGACCGGGAGAAGUGGGCGAGGGCCCCCCCGGGACCGUCCCCCCGGUGGGACCCAUCCUGGGUCUGGUGGUGAACGAGAACGUCCUGGAGCGAGUGGUGCAGUGGCACCUGCGUCGCGGAUUGGACCCAGACAGCCAGGGGUCGUUACUCAAGCUGUUCGAGAUGCUGAUAGGCCAGUCUCAGCAGCCCCUGCUCCAACACAAGGCGGUGCUGCAGCCUCUACUGGGUCUGCUGGGGGCCUGUGCUGAGCCCCAGCUGGGCUGCCCUCCCUCUCUGGAGAACAGUCUGGUGCUGCUGCUCAACCAGAUCUGUGUGUCGAUGGCGCGUGCCCCUGCGGUGUUGGAGCUGUUGUUUAGGUCGGCCCCGGCCCAACACGGUCCUACCAACCUGCUCAUCUUCUCCCUGCUGGUCCCCUUCAUCCACCGUGACGGAGCCAUCGGACAGCAGGCCCGAGACGCCCUGCUCCUCGUCAUGGCAACCUCCGCCACCAACCAGGGCGUGGCACGCUACAUCGCAGAGAACUCCUACUUCUGCCCAGUGCUGGCCACGGGCCUCAGUGCUCUCUACUCCUCCCUGCCGAGGAAGAUAGAGGUACGGGGGGAUGACUGGCACGCUCUGCGCAGGGAGGACUGGAUGGGCGUGUCCUCUCUGGUGCUCUUCAUGAACUCUCUGGAGUUCUGUAACGCUGUCAUCCAGGUGGCUCACCCCCUGGUCCGCAGCCAGCUGGUCGACUAUGUUCACAACGGCUUCCUGGUCCCUGUCAUGGGACCCGCCCUACACAAGUCAUCUGUAGAUGAGAUGAUAGCCAGUACAGCCUACCUGGAUCUGUUCCUGCGCAGCGUCACGGAAACAGCUCUCCUCAAAACCUUCCUACGCUUCAUCCUCAUGCAUCGCCAUGACAACGACACCAUCCUGGACACCUUGCUAACGCGCGUCAGCAGCAACUCCAGGCUGUGUAUGGUGUCUUUGAGCCUGUUCAGGACUCUGCUCUCUCUCAACUGUGAAGACCUCAUGUUGCAGCUCGUUCUCAGGUAUCUUCUACCCUGUACCCAUGUGAUGUUGAGUCAGAGGCGUGCCGUCAGGGACACCGAUCUCUAUGGUAAAUCAGCUGACAAGUUCCUGUCCCUCAUCCCAGAGUGCUGCCGCCUCAGCGUACUGCCCUCUGCUGAGCGGGAGGAAGAACCAGCCUUCUGGGGGAAAGUACUGAACAGCCCCAGCUCAGAGUCUCCUGUGCACCCCAAACCGAGCACUCCGUCCCGCCUGGCCCUCUUCAUGCGCCAGCAGAGCACCGCACUGCCCUUCACCCCCUCCCCCACUGAGACGGUCCCCUCGUCCCCCCGCGGGGGCCCUAGCACCCCCCUGUCCCCCGACAGCCCCAUGCACCCCGUCCCAGAGGGGCUGGACUGGGAGUCGGGGUACCUGGAGUACCUCAGGGACGCCCGUAGAGGGGUAGAGCUGUGCUCCUGGGCCUGCCGGAACUGGUCAGCCCCCUACGACGGAGAGGACCCCUCACCCAACACGGCCCCUCUACCGCCCCCUCCCCCCACCUCCAACCCCUCCCUGGCCAUGUUCCCAGAGCACUUCUCCUUCCAGCAGGGAGGAGGAGGAGGUGGUAGUACCUCCCACGGCCAGCAGAGGGCAGCGGUGGUGGCAGCAGCGCGGUCAGAGUGGAGCAGUACAGAGAGGGACAGUGGAGAGUGGGACGUCACCAUCGGUAAGAACAACUGUACCAUCAGCCUCACGCCCCGCACCAAGAAACGCAGCCUGCAGAGAGAGGAGGUCCCCCUCCCCAAACCUCUCCACCUCCCUCCUGACUCUACCUCUGCCUCCGUCCCUGACCCCUCUGCUGCCCCCCACCUCCCCUCCGGCCCCUCCAUAGGCCCUCACCAGGCCAUCUUCAAUGGAACGUCGUCGAGGGGUCGGGAGGACGGGUGUCCAGACGGCCGGGAUGGAGGGAUGGAGGUUAAGAAGGUGAAGAGAGAUUUGGACGAGCAGCAGCAGCACGGAGACUCUAGUCAGAACGUUGCAGUAGGUGCCAGCCCAACCCCGGUCCCUACCCCGGCCCAGUCCUGUGGGCCCCUACAGGGGUUGCACAGGGAAGGGAGUGGAAGUGUGACUGGGGAACACUCCAGACGUCUAACAUCGCACGUACAGAGUCACACCCAGGAUCAGCCUGCUCCGUGGACUCCAGCAUCCUGUGCCAACUCCUCCAACGUCAGCCUGACCCCUCAGGUCUCUGGACCGGGACUUCCAGAGGCAAUGCUCUCUACCCAGUCAGUCCCUACCCCGGCCCAGUCCUGUGGGCCCCUGACCCCUCAGGUCUCUGGAUCGGGACUUCCAGAGGCAAUGUUCUCUACCCAGUCAGAAGCAGUGGAGCGGCUGAUCUCGGAGCUCCUGGAUGGGGCUGGACCGGGGGAGGGGGGCCAGCAGGGGCCUGGAGACUCCAACGGCCAGGGCAUCAGCAUCGAGGCCUUCACCCAGGAACUCCGGGAGCUGGAGGAGAGGGUGAGGGAGAGGAGCAAGGGGGUGGGGCUUCUCAGACAGCUGGAGGAGACCACCAGAGACCCCGACUCAGAGGAACCACUGCCCCCCUCACCCCUGGACACUGACCUGAUUGGGACUGGGGCAGGGGCUGCAGUGGAGCCCAAGGCUGUGGGGCUGUUCAGCCCUGCCAGGCCUCUAGGACAGCCAUCCGCUCAGCCCUACACAGGUCCGUUUAUGGUGGUUCUGUUUGCCAAGCUGGAGAACAUGCUUCAGAACUCUCUGUAUGUGAACAUCUUGCUGACAGGGAUCCUGUGCCAGCUAGCCUGCUACCCUCAGCCCCUGCUCCGAUCCUUCCUCCUCAACACCAACAUGGUGUUCCAGCCCAGCGUCAAGUCUCUCAUACAGGUUCUGGGCUCAGUAAAGAACCGCAUUGAGGUGUUUGCAGCAUCCCAUGAGGUUCCUGGCAUGCUGAGGAAAGCCCAGCGCUACCUGGUUGCCAGGGGCAAGGUGGACUGGGCUGACUCUUCGCCCAUGGGGGUACCCACCCUGCGACGCUCUGAUUCCCUGGUGAAGAGCCGGAAACCUUCGCUAGGCGACCUGAUCAUGCGACACACCAACAGCCCCACGCGGGCACGCCACGCCGCCCAGCUUGCCCUGGCGCACGUACGAGACGGCGGCCAAUCGCUGCACAGUGCCCUGUUCCGGGGAGGGACUGGGGGAGGGGCGUCGGGGCUGGAGAAACAGGUGGAGGCUCUGAGGGUGAAGAACGCAGUCUACUGCGCCGUCAUCUUCUCUGAGUUCCUCAAGGAGCUGGCCGCUCUGGCCCAGGAGCACGCUGUCUCCAUGCCCUUCCUCCAGAGCCACGACACUGAGGAGUGAUGCUGUCAGUCUCCGUGCCCCUUCCUGAGGAGUGAUGCUCCCAAUUCUACACCAUCCUCCCAAUGUGUGGUCUUGCAGACUCCCCGUCAUUGAUUGAAAAGCUUUGGCUGAAGGAAUGUGAUCUGGGGAAUGUCUGGACCCCCAUGUCCACAAAACAUCUCAGAGUAUCAGCCGUUUUAAACUAUUAGAUCACAUGGACAGGUCCUCGACGGGCACCCCUCCUCUGAGACACGUUGUGGAUGUGGGUUCUUUCCUCGGUCCAGCUACCGUUUACCCCCCCCCCUUUCCCUCCUGCGGGGGGCAGAGGGGAGCACUGACAGGGCUGAGCGCUGCAGGGAAGAGAGGGGGGGGGGACAAGGUUAAUUCGGACAAUGAGAAAUCGAAGAAGGGAAUUGCAAUUGCUACAUGUGAAAGAGUAUUAGGGGAGAGACUACAAAACUCUUCUGUUAUGAGACUGUGCAUAUCAUGUAAAUAUUAUUUAUGUGGAUAUAUAUACUAUGAACACUAACUCUCAGUACAUGUAGAUUUUAGAGGGUGGUCUGUAGUGUACAUGGGUACGUGGUGCUGAGUCAGCUCUUUCCACUCUCCUCUCUUUAGUAAAUGAUGCUCAUUAGACAUGUACCAGCUUAAAGAGGAGAACAAGGUUAAUGCUUCCGUCUUUUAGUAAAUUAGGCAACAAAAAGAAAUGUCGCUGUUUCGGGUACAGAUCAUCUCAAGAAGACACAUCUUUUGUUUUUGUGUUUUAAAACGCAUCGCGUUGGAGAUUUAACAGGAAGGGAGGAAUGGGAGAGGAGGGGUCUGGGAAAGGGAAGGAAACCAGAGGACAGAGAUCCUCUGUAACUGUCCUGGAAAACGUGCUCAUGUUUUAUCAUUCAUAUGAUGGAAUUGUAUUAUUUAUUUUCUAAAUGAAACCUUUUUUAAGACAUAUCAAUGCCAUGUGGGAGUGGCAAAAUCUCAACGUGUGUGUGUGUGUUGUGUGUGUUUCUGUUCUGGUGUUGCCAUGGGAAAGGUGUGUUUUUGUUCUGGUGUUGCCAUGGGGAAGGUGUGUUUCUGUUCUGGUGUUGCCAUGGGAAAGGUGUGUUUCUGUUCUGGUGUUGCCAUGGGAAAGGUGUGUUUUUCUGUUCUGGUGUUGCCAUGGGAAAGGUGUGUUUCUGUUCUGGUGUUGCCAUGGGAAAGGUGUGUUUCUGUUCUGGUGUUGCCAUGGGAAAGGUGUGUUUCUGUUCUGGUGUUGCCAUGGGAAAGGUGUGUUUCUGUUUUGGUGUUGCCAUGGGAAAGGUGUGUUUCUGUUCUGGUGUUGCCAUGGGAAAGGUGUGUUUUUGUUCUGGUGUUGCCAUGGGAAAGGUUUGUUUCUGUUCUGGUGUUGCCAUGGGAAAGGUGUUUCUGUUCUGGUGUUGCCAUGGGAAAGGUGUGUUUCUGUUCUGGUGUUGCCAUGGGAAAGGUGUGUUUCUGUUCUGGUGUUGCCAUGGGAAAGGUUUGUUUUUGUUCUGGUGUUGCCAUGGGAAAGGUGUGUUUCUGUUCUGGUGUUGCCAUGGGAAAGGUGUGUUUUUGUUCUGGUGUUGCCAUGGGAAAGGUGUGUUUUUGUUCUGGUGUUGCCAUGGGAAAGGUGUGUUUCUGUUCUGGUGUUGCCAUGGGAAAGGUGUCUCUGCUCAGAAGGGUUAAAGUUGUGUUGUGGGACUGAGGUAGGAAAGGCUCGUCAGAGCACUAGAUUACGCAGAAGGAUCAAUGAGUUAACCAGCGAACUUCAAUAAACAAGCAGAAAUAACUAGAGAUGUUCUUCCUCAUUGAAGACGUGCUCUGGAAUUUAGGGGACUACCAAACAUCUCUUAACUCCUACUCUGGGCUGGAUGUGUCAUUUUGUACUGCUGACAUACAGAAAUACUAUUUUACCUCAAUUAGUCACAGAAAGCGACUGUUUUUAUGGAAUUAUUUUAUUUUUUAUUUUGUUUAACUUUUAUUUAAUUAGGCAAGUCAGUUAAAGAACAAAUUCUUAUUUACAAUGACGGCCUACCAAAAGGCAAAAGGCCUCCUCCCUCCGACGAGGGAUUACAAAUAUAGAACAAAACACACAUCACGACUAGACACAACUCAACACUCGAUAAAGAGAGACCUAAAGACAACAACAGAGCAUGGCAGCAACACAUGACAACAACACAACAUGGCAGCAACACAUGACAACAACACAGCAUGGCAGCAACACAUGACAACAACACAGCAUGGCAGCAACACAUGACAACAACACAACAUGGCAGCAACACAUGACAACAACACAACAUGGCAGCAACACAUGACAACAACACAACAUGGCAGCAACACAUGACAACAACACAACAUGGCAGCAACACAUGACAACAACACAGCAUGGCAGCAACACAUGACAACAACACAGCAUGGCAGCAACACAUGACAACAACACAACAUGGCAGCAACACA